AAGUAGUAUAAUAUAAAUAAUCUAAGACAAUUUGCUGAACGAAAACACGCUCCACGCGAUAGCGUAGGAUACGCAGUAAUCUUGUCCAAAAAGGACAUUCGAACUAGCAACAAUCCUCAGAAAGACCAUAUGUUGACCUGUUAUAUUAGCGACCCUUCUUUGGAAUCAGGCACUUGCUGUUUAAAUAUAUUCAGUAAAAGCUUUGAGACACUUGAGGCUUUUCAAGAGAAUCGAAUUGUGAAAAUGACAAACUUUUUUGUAAAGGAAUUUAAUAAUAAUCCACAAAUCACUCUCAAUUCCUUCUCCAAAUAUGCUCUUUUCACUGCUACAGAAAUUAAACAAAUCGAACUCGGCAAUAUGAAUCUUCCUGCGGCACCAAACGAUAAAGCCAUCAUGAAAGCUUUAGAUAAUUGGAACGCUGAGGCCUCGGGUUCAGAAGCAAUGGUGUGGGUUCCAACAAAGAGACCAUUGUUAGAGACUUCUCAGCUGUAUGAUGAUCCAUCUAAGUACUUUGACUUUGUUGGCCAAAUCGUGGAUAUUAAGAACUUCGAUGCGUUUACUUUGUUGGUGUUAACAGAUUUUACUGAGAAUCCUUACCCACCCACCUUACCUGUCGAUCAAAAGGUCCUAGAUCCCAAUAUUUGUGAUAAAUUAGAUAUCAAAGAUUUUGUCUUCCUCCGUAAUUGUGUCAAAAAACUCACGGACACGUUGGAAUUCAACAUCCAUGGAAGCAAUGAUCAAAGCAAGCCGCAGGUUGUUCAUAUCUCUCCAGACGAUGAUCUUUUGAAGAACGUUCUUGCAAGACGAAAAUCGGUAAAGGCUAGUUUGAAGAAACGUACAAGAGACCAAUUAGAGGCAUACCCACUUCGAACAGAAUUCAUAACCAAGAAGCGUGGAGGCCUCAAAAUUCUCAAGUAUAUCAAAUCUCGACGUGUAAUGAAGAUAAUGGGGUUUGUGAGUUUUUUCAAUUGUCCAAGCUAUGAGCUCAAUAUGCCUUACCGAGUAAACACUAGAAUAGUUGUCCACAAUAUCCACCCAGCAUGGAUUCAUUCCGGUAAAGAGAAUAGCCAUUUGUUGACAGUCUGGACCAAGGCUGUGAUGGGAUCGUGCAGCAAAACACAUGUUGAUAUUAUUGAAUUCUCCAAUGAUUUAAAUGUUACAUGUAAAAACACGGAAGUUAUGACAAACCAUGUUGAAUUAUACAUUGAUUGCAUUUUGAAUUUCGCAUCAUUCGCGGAACAUAUUCGACAAUUGGAACUAUACGAAAGUUUGAACAAUCGAUUUAAUGUAGACUGGACUCCAUAG